CAUGCAGAUGUCAUUUCUUCAGAAUUCUGGUGGGAACCUGUACUCUCCUUGUAACCGACUGUCAAAAUACUCAAAUUUUGGAUGAAUUAUCUCGCCACGGGAAUCUUUGCUUUCAUACUCACCGAAUCCGCCGAAAAAUACCAGUCGGACUAAGUUGAGGAAGUGUUUUCCCCGCCGCGAUUAUGGAUCUGCUACCGAGUGGAGAGAUCUUCAGCGAGUUGCAGAUGAUUCACGACACGGGCUAUUUCUCCUGCCAGCCUUCCUUGGAAGACACUUGGCAACAGACUUGCAUGGAAAUGGAGCGUUACCUCCGCUCAGAGUCCAGCCUAAAGUCUGUGGAGACAUUUCUCGAUGACAGCGACAACCCGUGGAAUAAAUUCCUCCUGACAAAAGAAGAAGGCCUGGGACUGUCCGCUGCUGACAACAAGGACGGCCAUAUGGACGAUACCAUGAGUCUAAGCUCAGCUUCUAGUGCAUCCUGGGAUAGCUCAGGAGAACUCUCUCCCACGGGUAGCAUCACGUCCGACCCCUUUAAACUUGAGGUGAAAGGUCAAGGGAAGGCAUCCUGCGCGACGCUAACUCCGCCAUCGUCACCCGAACUGGAAAAGCGGUUGUCGUCGCCGGGGACGGUGUCGGUUAAACUUACCACGUCGCGAGGAAGAAGUAUUAGUCAAUCUCGGAUUUAUGCCAAAAAACUGGAAGCGCCGCCGGCAGACAGUAAGAGGAGAGUUCACAAAUGUCACUUCACGGGUUGCAGGAAAGUCUAUACAAAAAGUUCUCAUCUCAAGGCACACCAGAGAACACACACAGGUGAAAAGCCCUACAAGUGCUCCUGGGAAGGAUGUGAGUGGCGAUUCGCACGUAGUGACGAGCUGACGCGCCACUACCGCAAACACACGGGGGCCAAACCGUUCAAAUGUAACCACUGCGACAGGUGCUUCUCGCGGUCGGACCACCUGGCGCUGCACAUGAAGAGACACCUGUGAUCCACGUUGCCGUGGCGACACCGUUCCGGCUCAGACUGGACAUUUCUUAGCUGCAUUUGUACAGCUUGCAUGAUGCUGACAUCCUAGGAAUGUAUUUAUAUUAUAGGAAGGAGUACUGUGUACACAAGAAAGAUGAAUGUAUUGAACUCUUCAACAAUCCCGACUCAUUCCUGAGGUAAUGAGAACGUUUUCGGCCCUCCUCUAGGCCUCGCCUCGGGUUUCUAAGGGACACACCUAGAAAAACUGAUCAUGAAGGGGGAGGGGGGAAUAAAAUGAAAAAAUUAUAAGAAAUUGAGUUAGAUACAAGUGACGUACCAAUCAUGAGACAUUCUGUAUUAUCUAUAUAACCUACUACAGGUAGACUAAAUUAAAAGAUUUAAUCAAUUAUUUUCUUGGAAUUGUCUGUAAGUUUGAUGAGAUGGGAUUGUAUAACAGAGCAACUGUGCAUAUCAAGUCAGUUGAAGUGUACCAGACAUGUCAUAUUUACGAAGGUGCUGUACCAUUGCCUAAAGCAGGCCAACACAAUUUACAAGCUUAGUAGUAGUGUGUGAGCUGCACGUGUCUCCAUCUAAAGAUUGGUGCCAAGAUAGGUACACGAGUGUUAAAAUGUUGGCUUCUAUCCUGCAAAGCAAGUUGGAUUGGCGAGGGUUUGUUGUCAGCUCAAAAGGACCAAAGGCCCGUCAGAGGUGUGACAUUUGCAGUACCUCAAAUUUUUGACUGAAAAAUUAAAACCUUGCGAGAAAAAAAUGUAUUACUAGCAGCUAUGCUUUUGUUGAAGCAUUGAAAAUGAAGCUCUAACUGAGCAUAACAAAGUGGCAGCUUUGAUUUUAACACGUUAUCAAAAACAUGUAUUUAUAUUAUUAAAUUACUUAUAUCUAAAAUACGAAGUACAAAAUCUUCACUAUUGCAUAUGUAUGUAAGUCUUGAAUUUAUAUUUUUGUAUUGUUUUCUAUGUUCAAGUGUACAUGUUUUUACUGUGGCUGUUUGCAACUGACAUUUUUGAAAGUCGUUACUUGUAUGUAGAAAUUUUUUACAGUGAAGCAGCAUUGAGCCAUGAGUAUCCUGAAAAAACAGUAUAUGUUAGUAACAGUUAUAUCACCUAUGUGACAAAAUUUUACAUGUUCAAACUUGUACACCAAUGGGAAAACACAUGGGUUUAACAUUUUCUGAGUUAAAAUGUGCAGGGAUGCCUUAGCAUUUGCUUGUAUUUUAUAAAAUUCCUAGGGAACACGUGAGACUUUUAGGGAACAUGCAAGAAUCACUGCCAAAAUGUAUGAAUCAUGUGAAAAAAGCAUGAAGCACUAUGCGCAACAUACAAGUCUAAUGAAAGACAGUCUUUUUAUGCAAAUAGACCAACUGCUGCCUGGGUUAGGUGACAAAGCGGAUUUUUAGGAUGCCGGCAGUGACCUGCAAUGAUGCAGGAAUGAAGCAAAAGAGUAGCUCACUAGCUGAAAUGCACUUUUGUGGCGUUAUGCGCCCAUUCAAUGUUCUAUAAAGUAAAAACAUCAUUUGCAGAAACAUAACUUCUCCCAACAUAUUGGUAGGCAAGUAUGCAUAAAAAGAUGUGUUGCACAGUGCUUCUUGCAAGAUUUUAUGUUUUUGCACAGUGAUUUGUGCAUUUUUCAUAAAAUUUGUACGGAUUUUAUAAAAUUUGUGCGAAUGCUUUGGCACCACUGUUAUAGUUUCUGCACCUUUUGUCAAAUUAGGGUUUUCCCCAACAGCACUGGAAACAGGUUUCAUCACUGGAUUUGCUUUUGAUUCUUUUGUAAAAGAACAGUCCGGGGUGUUAUGGUAUAACUGUCCCAGAACCUACUUUGUUAGUACACAAUUUUCCCAUUGAGAGACUCGUAUUCAUUUGUACCUGUUGACUCUUCACAUGUAAUACCAACUGUAGCUGCAGAAUACCUUUCUUCUGUUCACCAGUGACAGUUCAUGAUGUAGUAGAGAUCCCAAAUAUUAUCACCUUUGUGUCAUUGAUUGUGAAUAUAUGUUUAAGAACUGCCUACGAAAUGAAGAAGGUUCCCCAGUUCUGCUUGUUUAUUUUUCAUGUUGAGCAUUGAUGCCAAAUGUUCCCAUUGGCAGCUACCGUGUGUUCCGUUAUUGUCAUUUGUACAAUGUGCACUAGAAGAUUGAAUUAAUCAAUAUUAAUUGUACUCAAAAUGUUUCUGGAGAAGCCUAUAUGUCGUGGUAAGAAAUACAAGUAUGUACAGCAUUAAGAGAGGUUCUAUGGACAAUAGUUAUUGUGAAAUAAUGAAGGAAAUUUGUAAAUUUUGAUGGCCUUAUUCCGCCAUGCAUUAGCUGAGCCCCCCAGAUGUGCUUAUGUUGUACCGGGCACAGAUGAUAUCUCCAUGUUGGCUCCGGCUGCAGUAAACAUACUUUUGUCUAUAGAAUAUGACAAUAAACAUGCAACACAUGGCA